AUGGAAUCGCCGGCCGAUUAUUUGGAUUCUCCUAUGGAUGGCGAUGAUGUGGCAUACCCGUGCAAAGGUUGUGGAGACAUUCUGGAGGAAGGAAAAGCCUUUGAACUUGCUGGUAACAGAUGGCAUCUAAACUGCUUUCGGUGCAACACCUGCGGCACCCUGCUCGAUUCCGACGCAAAUCUAUUGUUACUUGGUGACGGCUCCUUGAUCUGUAACAAUUGCACAUAUAGCUGUAGUGCUUGCGGGAACAAGAUCGAAGAUUUGGCUAUCCUUACAGGAGACCAGGCAUUUUGCGCAACAUGCUUCAGGUGUAGGAAUUGCAAACGUAAAAUUGAAAAUCUUCGAUACGCACGAACAUCACAGGGGAUAUUCUGCAUGAGCUGUCACGAGUCACUCAUGGCACGGCGGAGGAAAAAAUCGAGGGCAGCAGCCAAUGCGAAACUCAAAAAAGAAGAUCAGUCGCCAAUGCUUGUCGACAAGUCUCUGCCUGCUCUUCCUCCCAAUGCCAUCCUACAAAGCGCAUUUACACCAGACCGAGAGUCGCCAGGCUCUAUUGACAACGAUACGCCCACGGAACUUUCUCCUCGGCCACGACAGCAGUACCAAGGGGAUUCCUCAUCGCGAAGCAGUUCGCGCCGGCCACGCGAUCGAUCGAACGAACGCACCUCCAGCGAUGGCCCUACAAAGGAUGGCCUCACGCUGCCAACAACUACGUACCGCAAUAACAGACAUUCUGCCAUUUCUCAGGCAUCCGACAUAAAUGGCGCAGAUGGAGAAGGCUUUUUCAUACCAUUGGCAUUAGACCCUAGUCCGGCCCCAACAGUAACCCCGCGAUCGACCUCCGAGACAUUGGUAGAUCAAGCGAAGAGAAACAAGGAAAGGUCAGAUAAGGACUAUUUCAAUGUUCCAAGAAGUAGCGGUCGUCCUUCGAUUGAAAGUCGUAGGCAAUCUGAAAUCAAUUCAGCAGCUUCGACCCCCCACAUCGCUUUUCAGGAAAAGGGAAGACAGCCAUCAGCGGACGAGACAGCUAUCAAAGAUAACAUCAGGAAAGCUCAAGCCGGAGGCAAAAUCUCAUCUGCAAAGGGUUCCCCCUCAAUAGGAAGCGAUGAUGUUCGCAAACAGCACGCCAGCUCGCCCAAGAUUGGAACAUCAAAGAGCCAGUCUUCGAACGAGAAGUUCAGACUAGGGGAUGUGCCGAAGGGGAAGAAAAUCACUCCGAGAAGUGAUUCUCAAUCAGAAUUCGAGACUUUGUCUAGAGAUACGUCCAUUAGCAUGUCACUGCCGAAAGACCAUACAAUAAGCAUGAUCAAAACAGAUCUACAAAAGUCAGCUUUCGGCGCCGAUAAGGUUGGCACCUCCCGCUCUUCGCAGGACUCGCGCACACGAGAUGAAGCGGUCUCGAGACCCUCCAUGGACUCAUCCAACGAGUCGUCCCCGCGAGUGUCUAGACAGGACUCUUCGGGCUCCAAGUCGAUUGCACGAAAAGAAAUAGCGCCAGGCGCAGUCAAGGCCACCAUGAGUUCCAUGAGUUCCUCGUCCGGCACUGAGACGUCUCCCUCAACAGAUUCUUCCGAUGCCUCCGGCCUUACGCCGACAGUCAAUGGUAAGAAUAUCUCAGGUCCUUCCUCAAUCCAGCCCCCUAUCGAGACAGAUCUUGCACCACCUAGUCGUGCACCCACGCGCCCUUCUGCGCCACAACAGAAGCUCAGCGAAAGCUAUAUGGCUCCAAGAGCACCUCCAGUUCCUCCUCCAGUUAGCUCCCUUCCACCAAAGGACCUCGCGACAUCAUCGAACGGCGUCCGCCCACCAUCGCCCAAGUUGCCGCGAUGGAGUGCUGGGGGUGACUUUACCAUGGAAGAGGACAUGGCGCGGAUACUUGGAGGAACAGAUGAAAGUUCACAGUCAAUACUACGUCGUGUCUCCAAUGCCGUACGUCAUGGGCGGAAUGGCAGUGAAGCAAGCUCGUCAGGUCGCCACGGCCAUGGUAGGAGUGUCAGCGAGACUACAGCGCGCACGGUCGCCUCACCACGCUGGCCCAAAACUCCCAUACUGGAAGAUGGCACUGCCAAAGAGAUCAGUAGUCCUAUAUCUAUUGUCAAUUCGCCAAUGUCCGGGGAUGACCCGGCACUACUUCGCAGACAGUUACGCAACUCCGAACAACGUGUAGCCGAACUCGAACGGCAGUUUGCAAGCGAAAAGGAUCUCAAGACACUGAACAAGAAGUUAAUAGAAAGGAGGAAGACUGUGUCAGUGCUAGAUUCUCAAACGGAGAUCAUGAUCAAGCAACUUGAGGUCCUAGCUGGGUAUGUAGAGAAAGCCAAAGAUUCGAAACAACCCAUGGAUAUCGCAGAAUUGGAGGAUUCUGCAGUUAAGGAUUUCGUGCAAAAGAUUGAUCGUUUGAAGCAGAGCAUGUCUGGUGAAGUAGAAGCUCUCUUUGAACAACGCAAUGAGCUCCUUGAGGAAACGAAUCAAAUCAUGGCCAACCGAGAUAGGGCUCGGGUAGAGUUCGAGCAAUUGUCUUCUAAAAAUGCGCAGCUUGCCGACAUGAACAAUGAAAUGACUCAUCAAAUCCAAGAAAGGUUCAGGGCACAGAGCGGAAAUGUCGUUGAAAGCCCUCGGCCCCCGCCAAAUGGCUUGGGAAUCUACACUCACCACACCAAGGACAAAUCAAACGUUUCUAUACAGAUGGAUGAUGCGAGCUUACGUCCCUCCACGAGCAGCACAACUGUCUUCGGCAGUUCAGUCAGUAGUUAUCCGCAGGCAAUGGAGCAAGACCCAAGCAUGGAGCCAGCCACAGUCCUCUCUGCGCCCCAUGUUAUUAAUAUUCGCAAAGGUCAGGCAAAGAAAUUCAAUUGGAAGAAGGGCGGCCAGACUGUUGCAAAAGGUGUUACCAAAGGAUUUAAGGGUGCUUUUGCCUCGGUUCAACAAGAACGAAAUGAAAGAAAUCCGCAAUGGACAGGUCAGACAGGAGACAGUAUCGGGAUGCCCUACAAUAUGACCGUCGCGCCAGUCGAAUCUGCAGCACAGAUGUCAUCCGGGAGUCUCCCUAGAUCGGUCUCUAAUGAUCCGUCAAGAAAGGGUUUUGGGUUGUUCAACAAAGCCAACAUACCAAAGUCCAUGACUAACGGCAGCUUCCCAGCUGCUGCAGAUCCUUCGAUCCUUUUCGGAUCUGAUUUGGUCGAAAGAGCUGACUACGAGCGAGUACAAAUUCCGAGUGUAGUCACUCGAUGUAUUGAAGAGGUUGAGCUUCGCGGAAUGGACAUUGAGGGCAUUUACAGAAAGACCGGCGGAAGUGGUCAAGUCAAGAUUAUUCAGGAGGGAUUCGAGAGAUCAAAUGAUUACGAUAUCUCGGAUUAUUCAUUGGACAUCACUGCCGUCACAAGCGUUUUGAAGCAAUAUUUCCGAAAAUUGCCAGUACCACUGUUGACCUUCGAUGUAUAUGAUCGCAUACUUGAGUCAACUUCAAUCGAGGAUGACCAAGAACGAUGUGUCCAUCUUCGGAGAACCUUCAACAUGCUUCCAGCGAAGCAUCGAGAUUGUCUUGAAUUUUUGAUCUUCCACUUAGCCCGUGUGGCACAAAGACAUACCGAAAAUUUGAUGACACCUAAAAAUCUUGCCGUGGUCUUUGCACCUACCAUUAUGCGAGACCACAGCUUGGAGCGAGAAAUGACGGACAUGCAUGCAAAGAAUAGUGCCGCACAAAGAAUGUCUAGGCCGAAAGAUCUUCGUAACUUCUUACGCAAGGAAUGCUUAAGUGCGCAGCUAAAAUGCCCGGCUGAUACUACCGAGAGAAAUAAUGCUUCACCUUCGAAACCAAAUCUCCUGGGUCCAAAGCAGGGGGAUUCUAAACCCAACAACUCCGCAUGUCAAUCCCAUGACAUUGAUAGUGUGUUUGGAGAAGAAUUGUUUUCCACCGGGGACUCGAAAAGUGAGGAGUUGAAGCGGUUAGUGGCUGAGAAAGAAGGUGAAGUGACUGCUCCCUCCUCGAGACAUGGAGAUGGCCAAUUGGAGACUCUGAGGCGAGAGUUAAGCAUCAUAGUCGACGCAGAGUUUGGAGCAAGUGAAAGAGAACGACCUUUGAUUGCGAGGCAGAAAGAAGCAUUGUUGCGGGAGAUCACCUGGUUAGAAACACAGCAGCAGGUGCAAAAGAGUCCUGAGUUUGUUAAAGGAAACUCUCGGGCGGACCUCAAUACCAAGUUGCAGUCCUUUCCUCCACCGUUGACAGCCAGGGAACUUGCUCGAAUUAGGAAAGCUGAACUUGCUAAACAACAUGAAGCGUGCGAGAACGUACCAUCCGAUCCAUUGGCGGGAGCGUUUGUUGUUACCCGUCGGGCACCCAAAAAGCGCAAGGCCAAGGAGCCGCCGAUAGAUGAAUAUCUCGACGGUGAGGACAGAUAUCGAUUGUUCGGGCCCCCGAAGGAAAAGAGAGUCAAGCGGAAGAAAAGCUCAGCAGUAGUGAUUGAGAAGCCGAGAAGCAUGAUAGGGAGAUGGAGAAGUGAGAUUCAUGAUUACUUCCCGGUCAUCAAUGGAAAGCGGGGUGGCUACUUGGGGGAUAUUGAUAGGUAUGAGAGAAUGGCGUUACGACGAGAGCUUGCGGAGUUGGGUAGCCAUUUGUGA